AUGCAAAGAAAUUGUUCUUUAUUUAUCUUGAAGCAACCUCAAAAGCCUGAAGAUAUUAAAGGCAAGCUUUGCUUGGUCACCGGUGGUGGUUAUGGACUCGGUCGAUGUUUAGCGAUGAAAUUUGCUCAAGAAGGUUGCAAUAUUGCAAUUGUAGACAUAUUAAACUCUGAAAAUACUGUAAAAGAAAUUAAGUCACGUUAUGAUGUAAAAUGCCAAAGUUUCAUGUACGAUAUUUCUGAUAAUGAUGCAAUCACUGAAAUGAAAGUUAAAGUAGAAGCUGAAAUGGGAGAAGUUGAUAUUCUUGUGAAUAAUGCUGGCGUCUUAUUUAUGGCUCCAUUUCUUAAUUCUACAAAAACAUCAGGAAAUGUGUCGAUGUUAACUUGUUUGCACAUUUCAUUGUAUGGAAUGAUUACAAGAAAAAGUGGAAGGAUCGUCGCUGUAUCAUCAAUGACUGCGAGAUUGACUUUGCCCUUAUCAACUGUAUACGCGGCAACAAAAUUUGGAGUUGAUGGUUUCAUGGAAACUUUAUAUGAUGAUCUUUGUAUUGAUGAUUAUGAUAAAUUUAUCAAAUUGUCAACAAUUUUUCCUUUCUUUAUCAAUACAAGAAAAGAAAUUCAAAAUACAAUGGACGAAAUAGGAGACAUUAUACCUCGAUUGACACCUGAAUACGUCGCAGAAAAAUCUGUUGAAGGAAUCUUAAUUAACAAGAGAAAUAUUUUUAUAACUCCCGAUUAUGCUCAUUUCAUAGUUAAUAAUCUGCCUGAUCGAGUUAGAAGACAUUUGAAGACCUCUGUAGGGGCAACAAAGGAAUAUAAACAGAAACAUUUCAACUAGUGCCAUACUGUUAACUUAGGUUUGGAAGCAUUUGAAUUAUUUGAGAUGGGAGAAUAAGAAAAUAAUGAAUAAUCAGAACUUUAGCUACACAUAUUACAAAAGAGUGACUUUCAAUAAAAGUUAAAGGAUGUGAGUUUCAUAGAAACGUCUUUAAAUCUAAUAUUUGCCACAUGAACAGCGACCUUGAUGAUAUGUAAUAACCUCUUAAGAAUAUCGACUUUGAAGUAUUGAAGAUAUUCUUACACAAUGACUUAACCAUUUCAACCUUGAUCUUUGCAAAUUACGUUUCGCGAAAUGAACAACAAAUCUUUCGAUAUUAUAACUUUGAAGUUUAUUUUCAUUUUCAUUUAAUUUUCGCUUUGAUAUAUCGUCCACAUGUUUCACCCAAUUUCGCAUUUCCGGAAAUGGUUCUGGUAUCCACAAUAAGGACAUUAUGAGGCCAAUUCAUAUCACGUAAACGACAUUUUCAACUAUCACUUUCUAUUUGGGCUUCUAUAUAAGUUAUAUACACAUUCGAAUACAACUGUUACCGAAAAAGAAACUUUGAGAGGAAGAAAAAAAACUUAUGGAG